AUGUGGACGAACAUUGUCCUUUUCCUUUGUUUUUUCAGUAUUUCUUGUACAAGGAAAGAAUUCUCACCGAUCGAAAACAGAAAUGAUGAGGAUGACAUAUCCAUUGAAAAUGAAUAUGAUUCUCGAAACAACAAUGUCAGCUGGCAUACAACUACAGCAGGAUACACAACAAAAGGAGAAAUAGCAGUUGAGAAAUUUGUAGAUACUAUGAUGGCCAGCGAAAAAUAUUUAAAAAUGAUUGAAACAGUUGAAAAUAGAUUAAGUCAUUUGGAGAGUGUGUUUUUAGUAAGAACAAAUACUAUUUUAAAAUAUAUGACUGAGGUAUUAAGAGUAAUAAAAACUUCACCAGUGGAUAUUUUAGAAAACGCCCUGCAAUCUCUGAAAACUGAUUUAGACAAACUUAAACGAUUAAUAUCACAACAGAUGAACGAAAGCCCAAAUUUAAGAGGUAGG